GAUAACACCCGAAUCACUUUCCCGAAGACUACCCAGGCUAAGGAUAACACCCGAAUCACCAUCCCCAAGACUACAGAGCCGAAGGAUAACACCCGAAUCACCAUCCCCAAGACUACUGAGCCGACGGACAAUACCCAAAUCCCUGAGAGUACUCAGACUAAGGAGAAACCGCUUGUAACCUUGCCAAAGACUGAUGGGGCUAAGGAUGAUAACCUGGUUACGUUUCCUGUGACUGCGAACACGAAGGACAAUGGUCUUAUCACCAUUGGUGAAACUACGAGCGAAACUCAGACGACUUCAUCUCCCUCAAGGCACGUUCGCCCUGUAGACCCAACUCUGACCAUUCCUGCAUCCGAGUGCUCUAGCCCCACUGAUCCUUGCCGAACUAGCACGGAGUCGUGCGGGGAGAAGGACCAAUGCGGAUGCAAAAAUGGCUGUGAGGGCAAACAUGGUAUUGAGUUAAGAAUUCAUGAUCAGCCGAAGAUGGUCAGAAUUGCAGUUGAUAACUAG